GGUGCAGACUAGCACGUCUUGAACGUCAGCAGAUUUUUUUUCUUUUUCCUGGGAAGGUAGAUCAUCAGACCAGGCCCAAAUAUCAGAGCGUGCCGGGGAUCAGGUCUACGCCCUGAAUCUGUCUGACAGCAGCGACCAGCAUGAAAAGCUAAAAACACAGUCAAGCAGUGAGACAGAGAGAGCAGACUACAGCACACUGCAGGAGCUUUAAAGAUGAGUUCAAGAGUGUCAGCUGAUCUGGAGAGAGAGGAGGAGGAGGAUGAAGAAGAAGAGGAAGAAGAAGAAGAAGAAGAGAGUGUCAACCCGACAGAGGUGAAAAUGAGCCAGAUUGUGAUGCCCUGUCACAGCAACCAUCGACAGGAGCUGAGUGUGGGACAGCUGCUCAAAUGGAUAGACUCCACCGCCUGCCUCUCUGCUGAGAGGCAUGCUGUGUGUCCCUGCGUCACUGCCUCCAUGGAUGACAUCCACUUCGAACACACCAUCAGAGUGGGUCAGGUGGUGAACAUCAAGGCAAAAGUCAACAGAGCCUUUAACACCAGCAUGGAGGUGGGCAUACAGGUGAGCUGUGAGGACCUGUUCUCUGAUCGUCAGUGGAGGGUUUGUCACGCCUACGCCACCUUCGUUACCCAGCGCACAAGCACAGGACAAAAGGUGGUCUUAAAGCCCAUUGUACCUCACACUCAGAGAGAGCAGGUGGAAUACAGCGUGGCGGCUGAGAGGCGGCGGGUCAGGAUGUUACACGAUGACAUCAUCAAAGAUCUUCUGUCCAAUGGGUCGAUCCAGCAGGCUGAUAACUCGGCAGUAGAAAAUGCAGUGGCAGCAGAGAGGACCAAGGUGGAGAGUGUUGAACUGGUUCUACCCCCACACGCUAACCAUCAGGUGAAUACAUUUGGAGGACAGAUCAUGGCCUGGAUGGUGAAUGUAGCUAUGAUUGCUGCCAGCCGUCUGUGUCAGGCUCACCCCACUCUGCGGGCCAUCGACAUGUUCACCUUCAGAGGACCUUCUCAGAUUGGAGACAGACUGCUUCUGAGGGCUAUUGUCAACAACGCCUUCAAAAACAGCAUUGAGGUGGGGGUUCGUGCUGAGGCCUACCAAGAGGAGGGAGCCAACCGACACAUAAACUCUGCCUUCAUGACUUUUGAGGUGCUUGACAACCACGGGAAGCCAUGCACGUUACCACGGAUACGACCGGAACCCCUGGAAGGGGAGAGACGGUUUCAAGAAGCCAUAGCCAGGAAGAAGAUCAGACUGGACAGAAAAUACAUCAUUUCUCGUAAGCAGGGCGAGGUCCCUUUGUCUGUGCCCUGGGACCCCACAAACCAGGUGUAUCUGAGCUAUAACAACGUCUCAGCUCUGAAGAUGAUGGCUGCUAAAAACAAGUGGCGCCUCAGCUCUGAGAAAGACAAGGUCCGUCUUUACACCCUGGAGCAGAAGUCUAUGUUGAGUUUCAGGGUGGAAGCAGAGGUGGAUGUUCCUGCUCACAGAGCCUUUUGUCUGCUGGCUGAGCUGAGAAACAGACCGAGCUGGGACACACAUUAUCAGAAAUGUGAGCUGAUUCACAGAGUGGACGAUGACGACUUCCUGUAUCGGGUAGUGACUCCAUCAGUGCAACGUGGUGGAGUAGGUUCCCCCACUUCAACCAGUCAGGGAGAAGGGCUUCUCCAGGACUUCAUCUUGUUGGCUUGCAAGAGGAAGCCGUGUGGCAGCGGUGAUCCAUACGUCAUCGCUCUGCGUUCUGUGUCCCUGCCGACUUACCCUCCCACUGAGGAAAUUAACAGAGGAGAGGUUCUGUGUGCUGGAUUUACCAUCCUGGAGACCAAAAACAACAUGUCACUGAUCAGUUACUACAACCAGGCGUCUCCAGAGGUUCUUCCCUACAUCUCCACAGAUAUUGCCGGCCUCUCCUCCUCUUUCUACAACACCUUCUGCUCCUGCAGCCAAUACCUGACUAAGAACAGAAUGCAGUUGGCAUCCGAGCACGAAACUGACCAGGACACGAAUACAGACAGUCCCUCCUGUGCCAGUGUAGACGACAGUCUGGUGGUGGCCAUCUCCAGCACCAAGCUGUAGACACUCUACUGCUUUCCAGGCCUGUUUACGUAACCAAGUGUAGAGCGAGGUCAAUCUGCUGUUCAUACAACAUACGGUACAAUCAAGACGACAAGUGUUCACCAUGAAUGCAACAUGAUAUUUACAUUCAAGCUAAAUAUCAGGAUAGAAAAUCUGAUAUAUAAAAAGUCAGUUUUCAAAAUUACAUUAAAGGUAACGGCCAGUUUAGCAGAUUUUUAGUGUGAAUCUAUCCAAGUGUGUGCUAUAUAGGAAAUGUGUGGGUUGUUCUGAGAAACACUAACACUAGUAUUGAGGGUUGACUGCAGUACAACAGCACAAGGUAACACCUUUUUUUUUUUUUAUUGAUAAAAACAUUUUGAUUCAAUGCUUUCAUAUGACUUUAAUAAAAUGUUUCUUAGCAGAAUAUUUUUGCUCUGUGUCCUUCCAUUCAGAAUUCAAUCGUAUACAACAUUUAUACCACUUUAUGUUGAAGUUAGUUCAAUGGUAACAUAUCGUCUAACAAAA